AUGGCUGUUGUUCUUAAUUGCAUGAUUUCUCUUGUAAUAUUUUCUUCUCUUAUGUUAAACCCUUGUUAUUGCCUCAACCGUAAAUUGUUUAAAAAUGUUUCUGAAAUUCAAAAUGAUAAUGAUCAAUGGCAAACGGCAAUAGCUACAUGGUAUGGAGCCCCAAAUGGUGCUGGAUCGGAUGGGGGUGCAUGUGGAUAUGUUGAAAGUGUAGAGAAUCCUCCACUUUCUAAAAUGAUAUCAGCUGGAGGUCCAUCUAUUUUCCUUGGCGGGAGAGGAUGUGGUGCUUGUUAUCAGGUGAAAUGCACCGAAAAUAGUGCAUGCUCAGGAAGUCCAGUGAAUGUGGUGAUAACAGAUAAUUGCCCCGAAUGUGAAUCUGCCCAUUUUGAUUUAAGUGGAACUGCCUUUGGUUCCCUUGCAAAUCCAAACCAAGCUGAUAAUCUUCGCAAUGCUGGGAAAAUUAACAUUCGGUACACAAGGGUUGCAUGCUCUUUUGGAAAUUCAAUAGUCUUCACAAUUGAUAAUGGAGCCAACCCAUACUGUUUUGCAACAGAAAUAGAAUAUGAAAAUGGAAAUGGUGACCUAGUUCAAGUUGAAUUGAGCCAAUCAAACACAUGGCAUCCAAUGUUUCGUUCUUGGGGUUCAAGAUGGGCUUUUAACACAGGUUCACCAUUACAAACUCCAUUUUCCAUUAAGCUUGUUGAGACAUUGAGAUUUCAGAUUGGAAAUGGAAAUGGAAGUAACAACACCAUUAUAGCAGAGAAUGUUAUUCCACAAAAUUGGCAACCUGGCCAAGUUUAUCGUUCACUUGUUAAUUUCUAG